ACCCGGCCUCGGCAGCGGCUGAUAGGACGUCUUGGCAUAGUGCAUCUUUUUUCAUUUUUUUUUUGGGCUACGCAAAUGCGCAAUCGUGCAGCAACAAUCAAAGUAACAAAACACUACCGAGGGAUGGAUUCUAAGGGAUUUCAACAAUGGCUGAUCUCAAAGUCAUCCAUGCAUACCGUCAUCUAUAUCGCGGGCUCCUUCAUGCUGUGCAGUUUUCAAAGCCAGCUCGCUAUGUAGCUCGAGACCAACUGAGAGCGGCAUUCCGUGAGGAGAGGGCCAAGUUUGAUCCUCGAAACACGGCUAGAACCUUGCGUUUUCUCGAAGCUGCUGCUAGGACUCGUGGGUUAGAGCAUAAUAUCCUCAAAAAUCUCUUAGUAGUGGCCUACUACCGAUACUAUGCUUCUCGGAUGCCCUGGAAAAUGGUCGAGCAUUCAAUACAUGCGCCUAGGAAACGAACCGAGUUGGAGAGUUUCAUUUCAAAAACGGCCUAUAAGCAUUAUGACAUGACUAUCGCUAUGCUUAACAAAUCCAUGGGUUUGUGCUUACGAUAGGAUAACGCACGAACAUAAACACUUUCUAGCCAGCGGCGCCGGGACCCUCGCACUUAAGUCCAAAAUGGACAUGAGGCCUCCGCGCCAAUCUAAAC